GGCUUGGCCGCUCUGCCCGAGUUUUCCUCCUCAUCCUCUUCCCUUUAGGUUUUCCCGGCGCCGCGCCGGAGCAGGGAGGCGGUGAGGGUGUGCCGGCGGCCGGAGCAUCGGGGAAAACCCGGUGGGGACUCUCAGGCUUCCCCCCACCAGCGCGUCUCGUGGUAAGCGCUGACAGCGAGACCCACAGGCGCCGGUGGGCUCGGGGUACACCCAGGGAGCGGGUGGGGACCCUCUCCCCGUGGCAGGACCCUCUCCCCGGGGCUCAGGGUGCUCCCCGCCUGCCGCAGCCCCCGCGCCAUGGCCCUGCCCUGGGCUCUGCUGCUGCUCGGCGAGGUCCUGGCGCAGGACGCGGCCGCCCAGGGCUGCCUCCUCCCGCCGGCCGCUUAUAACGCGGCACUGGGGCGUCCGGCCAGCCAGUCGUCCGUCUUUCCCAACAUCAGCAUCGCCGCCAACGCGGUGGACGGGAACCGGGACGGCGUGUGGCAGCACGGCUCCUGCGCCCGCACGCUGACGGAGCGGGAGCCGUGGUGGAGCGUGGACCUGGGCGGCCGCCGCGCCGUGGCGGCCGUGGUGGUGAAGAACCGGCAGGAUUGCUGCUGGCACCGGCUGCGGGGGGCGCAGGUCCACGUCGGGGACGCGCCGGCCGAGCGCGGCAGGGACAACCCCAUCUGCGGCGUCAUCACGGACGCCGGCCCCGGGUCGCUCAGCACCGUCUGCUGCCACGGGCUGCCCGGUCGCUACGUCUCCAUCCUCAUCCCCGGCCGGGUGGACACGCUGGUGCUGUGCGAGGUGGAGGUGGUGCUGCAGGGCUGCCUCCCCCUGCCCGGAGCCCCCAACGUGGCUCGGGGCCGCGCCGUCGCCCAGUCGUCCACGUUGAACGUCAUCAGCUUGGCCGCCAACGCCGUGGAUGGGAACGGCGAUGCCGACUGGGAGCGUGGCUCCUGCGCCCACACCGAGAAGGAGCCGGAGCCGUGGUGGCGCGUGGACCUGGGCCGUCGGCACGCCGUCUACGCCGUCGCCGUCACCAACCGGCGCGACUGCUGCUGGGAGAGCCUCCUCGGCGCCCAGGUCCACGUCGGGGACUCCCUGGCCGACCAUGGCAAGCGCAACCCCGUCUGCGGGACCAUCUUGGACACCGGCCCCGGCUCCACCAGCAUCGUCUGCUGUAACGGGCUGCCGGGGCGCUACGUCACCGUCAUCAUCCCCGGCCGGGAGGAUUUCCUCGUGCUGUGCGAAGUGGAGGUGACGGCACAGAGCUGCGUCCCCCCGCCCGGCGCCCAAAACCUGGCCCUGCGGCGCCCGGCGGCACAGUCCUCCACCGCCGGCCGCGCCGGCAGUGCCAUCAACGCCGUGGACGGGAACCGGGACGGAAACUGGCAGCACGGCUCCUGCUCUCAAACCGAGAGGGAGCCGGAGCCGUGGUGGACAGUGGACCUGGGCCGGCGCCACGCCGUGGCGGCCGUGGUGGUGAGGAACCGCCUGGACUGCUGCUGGCACCGGCUGAAGGGCGCCCGCGUCCACGUCGGGGACUCCCUCGCCGGCCACGGCACCGAUAACCCCGUCUGCGGCACCGUCACGGACACCGGCCCCGGCUCCACCAGCACCGUCUGCUGCCGCGGGCUGCGCGGCCGCUACGUCACCGUCGCCGUCGCCGGCCGGGAGGAGCGGCUGAGCCUGUGCGAGGUGGAGGUGGUGGAGCAGGGCUGUGCCGCGCCGCCCGGGGCCCAGAACGUGGCACUGGGCCGCCCGGCCGCCCAGUCCUCCGUGCUGGACCCCAGCAGCAGCGCCGCCAACGCCGUCGAUGGGAACCGGGACGGCAACUGGGAGCAGGGCUCCUGCGCCCACACCGCGGAGGAGCCGGAGCCGUGGUGGCGCGUGGAUCUGGGCCGUCGGCACGCCGUCUACGCCGUGGUGGUGAAGAACCGCCACGACUGUUGCUGGGAGAGCCUGAAGGGCGCCGAGGUCCGCGUCGGGGACUCCCUGGUCGACCGUGGCCGCCGCAACCCCGUCUGCGGCGUCAUCACGGACGCCGGCCCCGGGUCGCUCAGCACCGUCUGCUGCCACGGCCUUCGCGGUCGCUACGUCUCCAUCCUCAUCCCCAACCGGGAGGACGCGCUGGUGCUGUGCGAGGUGGAGGUGAUCCGGCAAGGCUGCUCCCCUCUGCCCGGAGCCCCCAACGUGGCGCGGGAGCAACGGGCGACGCAAUCCUCCACCUCCAACGAUUCCGGCGUCGCGUCGAAGGCGGUGGACGGGAACCGGGACGGCGUGUGGCAGCGCGGCUCCUGCAGCCACACGCGGCGAGAGCGGGAGCCGUGGUGGAGCGUGGACCUGGGCGGCCGCCGCGCCGUGGCGGCCGUGGUGGUGAAGAACCGGCAGGAUUGCUGCUGGCACCGGCUGCGGGGGGCGCAGGUCCAUGUCGGGGACGCGCCGGCCGAGCGCGGCAGGGACAACCCCAUCUGCGGCGUCAUCACGGACGCCGGCCCCGGGUCGCUCAGCACCGUCUGCUGCCACGGGCUGCCCGGUCGCUACGUCACCGUCACCAUCCCCGGCCGGGAGGAGCAGCUGGCUCUCUGCGAGGUCGAGGUUUACACCGUCCUCCCCGAACUCUGAGGGGGUUUCGGGUGGGGGGAGAGCGGCACCGUGGUAGGGUGUGUGCCCCCCUUCCCGGGCCAAGGGGACUCUGUGGGGUGUCUGGCCGGAUCCGGCCCCACCGGCCACCCCUCGGGCCCCCCCGGUGUCGCGGUCACCCCAGUAAACGUUGCCGUGGGUCGCCCCCCGACCCGUUUGCCGUUUGGGCCUUUCCUUGGGCGCCCACCGGGGCAGUGGGGUGACGGGGACAGGGGACACGGGACAAGGCGAGGAGGCGUCUCCCUUCACCCCAGCACCCCAAUCCCCCCCAGCACCCCACUCCCCCCACCCCUGGGUGACGGGGCGCCCGAACUCGCUCCCCGGGGCCGGCGCCACCCCAGCCACUGCUGGCA